UAACCCUGGUCACCUGGGCCCUCUGGCUCACCUCAACGCCAACCGAACCGUUCGUCGACACAACUUGACCCCGACCGCGAUCUAUCUCGACGACAUCUCUAAUUUCCCUCACCCGUUACUAUCUCUUAACCCGUUUAAAGCGCAGUGGGAAAAUCGCCAUGUCAGCAGGCAUCUGGGGCUGGUUUGGCGGUGGGGCUGGGCAGAAGCGGAAAGACAGCCCCAAGAAUGCCAUCCUCGACCUGCGGACCCAGCUGGAGAUGCUCCAGAAGCGCGAGAACCAUCUCCAGCGCCAGAUAGAGGAACAGGACGGCAUAGCACGGAAGAAUGUGACCACAAACAAGAAUGCUGCUAAGGCCGCCCUACGACGCAAGAAGCUCCACGAGCACUCCCUUGACCAGACACUUGGUCAAAUCGGAACCCUCGAGCAGCAGAUAAACGCGAUCGAAUCGGCCAACAUCAACCGAGAGACACUUGCGGCGAUGGAGAGGGCCGGGGAGGCCAUGAAACAGAUACACGGGAAACUGACGCCGGAGAAGGUUGACGAAGCAAUGGCCAAACUAUCCGAGCAGAAUGGGCUUAGCGAGGAGAUUGCCGAGGCCAUGGUUAGCAUCAAUCUCGGAAACGCAGUCGACGAGGAGGAUCUGGAGGCCGAUUUCGAGGUUCUCCUGCAGGAGCAGUUGGACGAGAAGAUGCUCAAGACAGGCACCGUCCCCCAGGAUGCCGUACAGCGCUUACCCACUGUGGCAACCGGGGAAAUCAAAGGAAAGGCCCCCGCUGUCGCCGAGGACGACGAGGAAGAGGAGCUCAGAAAACUCCAGGCUGAGAUGGCCAUGUAAGCUUAAGAGGCUAGGGGGGUCCGCACCAUCUUUCGUACAUGGGGAGUGGAGUCGGGGGAGAGUGCCAGAAAUAUGAUGUUUUACUACCUAGUACGUCCUUGCACAG